AUGGUCAACAGUUCGCAAUUUUUUCAAGAAUAUUUUUUCUCGAAAAAUGAUUUGAAAAAGCCAAAAGAAAUGGUUUUUAUGUCGAGAGGAGGAUCUGUGGAGGAGAUGACACUCGACUUGGAUUUUCAAUUUGAAGAGAGAUCCCCCAAAACGACUUGCUCAAAAAUUCCAUGGCUCGAAAUCCUCUACUCCCUAAUUACCCUUCUGAUAAUUGCCCUAAUUACCGCAUUAAUUUUUCAAAAACGUUCCGAAAAUCUUCAAUUAACGGAUUCUCUUCGAAAAUUCAAGGAAUUCAACCAAAAAUUUCAAAGAAUCCAUGAGAAUUCAGAUGAUUUGAAUUUUCGAUUCCAAUUAUUCUCAAAAAAUUUGAAGGAAAUCGAAAUAUUGAAUUCUCAAAACUCUGGCGCCAAAUUUGAAAUCAAUGAGUUUACGGAUCGAUCUGAAGAAGAGCUAAGAAGAUAUUCAAUGGAUCAGAAAUUCGUGAAAAACCUUUCAAAUUUAAAAUUCGCAAAUUCAACAAUUUUGGCGGGAAGUUUGAACAGAAGCGGUUAUCGAGAUUGGAGAAACGAUGGGAAAGUGAUGAGUGUCAAGAAUCAAGGGCAAUGUGGAUCUUGCUGGGCAUUUUCGAUUGUUUCGGCUGUUGAAUCUCAAUUUGCAAUUAAAAAAGGAACAUUAUGGUCAUUAAGUGAACAGGAACUCGUGGAUUGUGAUCGAGAUAGUUAUGGAUGUAAUGGAGGGUUCAUGGAUAAGGCAUUGAGCUGGAUUCUCGGGAAUGGUCUUGAAACGGAAGACGACUAUCCAUACGAUGCAGUUCGGCACGAUCAGUGUUAUUUGAAUGGAAGAAAGACACGAGUUUGGGUGGAUGAAGGAUAUCGAUUGGCGAAUAAUGAGGAUUUCAUUGCCGACUGGGUUGAUUCUGUGGGUCCUGUUAGCUUUGCCAUGAAGCUCCCCAAGUCCUUCUACAGCUACUCGAAAGGAAUCUAUCAUCCAUCGGAGCGAGAAUGCAAUGAUCCGAAUAACGGGUAUCAUGCAAUGACACUAAUUGGUUACGGCAACGAAGGAGGACAAUUAUAUUGGAUUGUCAAAAAUUCCUGGGGUAGCGGAUGGGGAGAUCAAGGAUACAUGCGUCUGGCGAGAGGCCAAAAUGUGUGUGGAGCUGGUGAAUAUGUUUUUGGACCCAAAAUUAAUUGA